UGGUUCUUGUUUACAUCUUAAUCUUUAAUCACGUUGUUUAUUUUUCUCGUAAUUUAAAUUGUUUUAAAUGUUCCAAUCAUGGAUCAAUUUAAUUGGAUUAUUAAUUGUAACAUACUAAUAACAGUUAAUCAGUUGUUAAUCUCUUCCAGUCAUUCUAAUUAUCAAUCUAAUCAAAAGUGUUUCUCUUCUGUUUGUUGUUGUGUCAAUUAAUCAAUUCUCAUGUUGGUCUAUACCCUUUGACAGCUGAUACCAAGAGAAGGUUUUAAACUUGAUCUUCUUUACUUGAUUCUGUUGGAUUAAACUUUCCUCUCGAAUUUGGAUUGUGAUUUGAUCGCAAACAAAACACCUAACCAGUUGUUUGGUGCUUUUUUCAUAUUCUAUUCUCUGUGUUUGUGUUGGUUUUUCUUUUCUCUUCUACUGUCAAUCAAUUUGACUAUCAUUCGUUUUAUAUUGGUAGCAAAUAUUUAAUACUCUUAUCGACGAAGAGAAAAAGCCAACACCAAUUACUUUGAAAGUGAUCUGAUUGUUUUGGCCAUUGGGAUUGUUUUUGUUUCUGUUGUUUUACUGUUGAUUUGAGUGACCAAAAAUUUACCCUGUGUAUAUUUAAAUUGAAUUUACCAUGUCAUCACUAUUGAAUGUUGACAAUUUUCAAGCAGCUAAACUGGAAACCCUUUGGAAACAUGAUUUGUAUGCUCUACAAUUAAAAGCUCCAAAGCCUAAGCGAGUUGUUUGUCAAGCACAUAUUCCCGAUCGUCCUCCUCACUAUGGAAGGGAAUUCCAUGGGAAGAUCACUCGAGAAGAGGCCAAUAAACUACUCAGUGGUGAAGAUGGACGUUACCUGGUUCGAGAAUCAGUGAGAGCUCAACAUCAGUAUACACUAUCAUUAAGGUUUGAAAAACAGACUAAACAUUUCCGUCUUUAUUACGAUGGUAAACAUUUCGUUGGCGAUAAAAGAUUUGACACUGUUCAUGAUUUGGUCGCUGAUGGUUUAAUCAUAAUGUACCUCGAAACUCAUGCCUGUGACUAUAUCGCUUCCAUGAGCAAUGUUGCCUAUGAAGAAACUCCUCAUUAUACUUUACAGAAAUCGCAUAAAUUACAGAAGAAGAUGUUCAAAGAUCAAGGAGAGAUUAACAAAAUAGACGAUCUCAAGAUUGGAAUCAAACGAAUCGACAUUCACGAACCUGAUGAUGAGGUUUACGACGAUGUAAUUGAUGUGCAAAUGUUUGAAAAGAAACAUGGAUUUAAGUCUCAUAAUUACAUGGGGCUUCCUUUCUGUGACUAUUGUGGUAACUUCAUGUGGGGAUUAUUAGCUCAAGGUCUCAAAUGUGAAGAUUGUGGUUUUAAUGCUCAUCGUAAAUGCUCUGAAAAAGUGCCAAAUGAUUGUUGUCCCGAUUUAAAGCAUAUUCAUCGGAUUUUCGGGAUCGAUUUAACUGCCGUGGUUAAAGCUUGCAAUACUGUUCGUCCUUUCAUCAUUGAUAUUUGUGUAAAAGAGAUUGAGAAUCGUGGACUUCACAUUGAAGGUCUUUAUCGUGUCUCUGGCCUAUCCGAUGAUGUCGAAGCGAUCAAAGUGGCCCUUGAAAGAGAUUGGGACAAAGCUGAACAAGUUUUCAAAUCUUGUGACGAUGUUCAUGUAAUUACUGGUGUGUUAAAAAUGUACCUUCGUUCAUUGCCGAUUCCAUUGAUUUCAUUUGAUGCUUAUCCUCAUUUCCUAUCGGCACUUAAAAAAAACGCUUUAGAUGAGAAAAUCUCAGGACUAAAAGACGCUGUUUCCAAUUACCUGGCCCCCGCUCAUUAUCAAUCUUUGCAGUAUUUAAUUGCUCACCUUGAAAGGGUUUCCCAACAUGCUGAUGAAAACCUGAUGUCGGCUCACAAUUUGUCAACGGUUCUGUGUCCAACCCUGAUGAGGACACCAAACAUUGGACUCAAACCAUUCCAAUUAAACUCUUGGGAUCAGGAGAUUCACGUGCUUGAGAUUUUAAUUAAAAAUCAUUCCAAGAUAUUUCGAUAAUAUUUCAUCUUUAUCUAUUAAUAUUUGUUUUCCUCUUCAGUUAACUUUUUUUUUCAAAUUUCAUCCUGACAAUUAACUUAUUCCUCUUAGUCUUAAAUUGUUUCUCACCGAUCAUCCUAAUUAGUUUCUCUUCGCUAUCUCUCUCUAAAACUUUUGUUAAUUCAAUGCAAUAUCUCACACCUUAAACCAACAAUUUAACUCUAAUUGCCAAACGUUCAAAAAAACGAACAAAUUUUUUAUUUAUUGUUUCUUUUUAUUCCUCAUGGUUUUAUGUUUAUUUUUAUCAUGUUAGUUGAAAAAUUCAUCAGAUCACAAAAUUAUCCCAAUUGGAGACUAAAGUAACAAUUAAAACAAGUGUUUCAAUCAA